UAAUGGCAGGUACAACAUUUCCUCAAGAGAAGAAAUGUUCAUCAUGCCAACCUUUUCGACUGCUGCCAAAAUCAGAGUGGUGAUCACAUUCUUCAUCUUCCUUUCAUCUACUUGUUUUAAUAUUGCUGUGCUGUGGACAAUCUCUCAGAAAUACCAGCGGAAAUCACACAUCAAGGUGCUAAUGAUGAACUUGGCAGCAGCAGACCUCUUAGUUACAUUUAUUGUUAUGCCUCUUGAUGCCAUCUGGAACAUCACAGUGCAGUGGUAUGGAGGAGACGUUGCCUGUCGGCUUCUCAUGUUCCUCAAGCUUGUUGCCAUGUACUCAUCUGCCUUUGUCACUGUAGUGAUCUCUAUUGACCGACAAGCUGCCAUUUUAAAUCCAUUGGGUAUUGGGGAAGCAAAAAAGAAAAACAAGAUGAUGCUGUCUAUUGCCUGGACCCUCAGUGUCAUUCUUGCAGUUCCACAGCUCUUUGUGUUCCACACGGUGAGUAGGGCUACCCCAGUCCAGUUUGUGCAGUGUGCCACCCUGGGCAGUUUCCAGGAACACUGGGAAGAGACCGUGUAUAACAUGUUCACAUUCACCUGCCUGUUCCUGCUUCCACUGACUAUUAUGGUGCUUUGCUAUUCCAGAAUAUUGUUUGAGAUUUCAAGAAAAAUGAAGAAGGCAUGUGUUUCAUCCAAGGAAAUCCAGCUGCGACGUUCAAGCAACAACAUCCCAAAAGCACGUUUGAGGACUUUGAAAAUGUCAAUUGUCAUAGUACUGACCUUUGUAAUCUGUUGGACACCAUACUACCUUCUGGGCUUGUGGUACUGGUUUGCCCCAGAAAUGUUGACUCAAGAGCAGGUACCUCCAUCACUGAGUCACAUCCUAUUUCUUUUUGGACUCUUCAAUGCCUGUUUAGACCCGAUCAUCUACGGACUCUUCACAAUUCACUUUCGCAGGGAGAUCCAGCGUGCCUGCCGCUGUACUGGUCUGCACAGGGACUCUGAUGCAGUUUCACUGGGGACAGGCUCCUUCCACUGUUCUAGCUCUGUCAAUACACAUUCCAGUGGCCAUUUGAAAAGAGCUGGCACACUAAGCAGAGAUAGGGGUUCUUCUAGAAAUGAAAAAUACAGUGCUACAUGUAAUCUCUGCAGGGGAAGCAUUACAGAAAGCAUGAUGUAGAACACAUACAGUACAGACCUUACUGAGAAAUGUAAAAAACAGAGGAUCAUAAUUAACGAGGCUCAGUUUAGUAAAAUAUUGUCCAAGGAUUGGCUCCUGCGUCGUGGCUCAUUCCACUAGAACAGCCCUGGUGACCUGUAUUUGGAUUAAGCAAGUUUAUCAAUAAAGACAUUGAUACUAAAGCGUAUUCUGAAAUGAGGAUUUAGCUUGUCAAAAAACAUGAUAGUUAAUGUGAUGAUUUGUGAUGACG